CAGAUACUGGUGCAAAAUCCUCUGAGUGAAGACUGUGAGAUGUUUCACUUGAAUCAGACAUAGAAGAGCCAACAGUGGGCAAUAACAGAAGAAUUCAUGAGCCCCCCUAAAGAUGGAGACAUUCAGAGACAAGACUGUAGAUGAGCUGAAGAAACUACAGGAGGAUUCGGAAGAGAUUGAGCGUUUGACACAGGAAUCUAAUGAGGUCCAGAAUUUACAGUUGGAAAGAGAGAUGGCUCUGGCCACAAAUCGUAGCUUGGCAGAGCAGAACCUCACAUUCCAGGAACCCCUGGAAACAGGACGUGUGAGCCUCUCUGAUAAGUAUCAGGAUCUGCAACAGCUGGUGGAGCGUUGUCAGGAGCAGAAGGCAAAACUGGAGAAAUUCUCUGCUGCAAUGCAGCCUGGCACCCUGCUAAAUCUUCUCCAGAUUGAAGGACAGAAAAUUGAAGAAGAAUCCGAGGUAAUGGCUGAAAAAUUCCUGGAGGGCGAAGUGCCUCUGGAGACAUUCCUCGAGCAGUUUUCCUCCGUGAGGAAGUUGUCCCAUCUACGGCGGGUGAAAGUGGAAAAGCUUCAGGAGGUGCUGAGGAAGUCUCAGUCUUCACAAGAGCCAGCCAAGGGCUCAGAGUUCAACCACCAGCCUCCCCACACGUCGUCUGGGCCGGCAAAAGAGCAUCCCCAGAAUGGCCCCUCUGGAGGACCACCCUUUCCUUUACCUUACAGUCUAACCCCUAGCAUGCCUACUGGCUCUUUAGUUCAUGAAAAUCUCCAACCAGCACCUUUUGCAGGGACACCAUUUCCUUAUAGACCACCUGCAGGUUCUGGAUACCCACCAGUCUCUUCUGGUAGUUCAGUACCCCAGUCUCAGACAGGAGAUUCAUCUUCAUCUCUGGCAUACCCUUGGUCUCCAUCUAGAGCACCUCCUCCUCCUGGCCCUGGUUACCCUCAACCUUCUUUUAGGUCUCCAUCAACAGCGCCAGGAUUUCCUCAACCUCCGCAGCCUCCUUAUUUCUCAUCUGGGGGGAAUUCACAGUGUCCUUAUCCUACCCAACCUCAGGUGCCUAGCUUCCCUGUCCCCUCACAGCCUCCAUAUCCCAUAAACCCAAACCCUUCCUUUGGGUAUCCACCACCCCCUUUACCCCCUCGGGGUCCUUCUUGGUCAGGAUACUAGUCAAGGACGCUGGGCAGUAUUCUUUGUUGUCCUCUUCUACAGCUUUACCUGAGAAACCGACUCUUGCUAGCUAUUGAGGCCUGAGAUGAAACUUGGGAGAAUCAUCCUGAAAGACAUCUUUA